AUGUCUGGAUCAGGAUACCCACAAUCGGCGCGUUCUCCUACUCAAGCGUCGCACCCUUAUCCUCCUCCAUACCAUUCACCAACCGCUCAAAAUCGGCCAUACUAUCCUCACGAGUAUCCUCCAUCUCAACUCCCUGUUCAGACACCCCCUCCAUUCGCGCCGGCGGCGUUAGUACACAGUCCACAGCAUAGCAGACCUCCGCCGCCAGCUCUAACAUCGCCCGGUCUACCGCCACCGCAUGGAGGGCAGCCUCAUCCAGCAGGCAACGCGUACUCAUCCCACGGUCCACCUAGCUCACCCUAUCCGAUACAAAGAACAUACUCGGGACAAUACUCCACGCCAUCAAUGGCGCACUACGAUGGCCCAGCAUCAUCACAUGCACACCCGAGUGGUGCUGGCUCCGCGCUACAAUCGCCGAUCAGAGAUCAGCAUCCUGUGGCUAAUGGCGUCUAUCACGAGCGAGCAACUCAGGCUCGAGACCACAGUCCAACGAUGUCAACGAAAGACCGAGCAAGAGAUCCAAUGUCCUUUGCCAGUAUAUUGGGACCUUCCAACAACGAGCCUUCUCCUCCAAGAUCUCUUGAACCCAAAGCUGAACCUAAGUCUGCAAGCAAAGCACCACCGGCAGCAUCGAUAGCCUCCAUCAUCUCCGCUCCAGACGCCAGUCCUACAAGAGUGUCAUCACAACAAGGCAUGCUUAAUGGAGUCAACGGACUAAGCAAAGGCUUGCCAAUGAAGGAGGAAGUCCCUGCGCCAAUUUCCAUCGCUCCGCCAAAGGUCCGGCGAACACCCACCGCAAAAGAAAGCGCAAAGAUUGCCAGAGCCCUCGACCAAAUAGGCGAUGGUAGCCAUGCUGAGACCGGAGACUUUACGGAAGCGCGAAAGAGAUACCUUGAGAAGGGCAUGAAACGCAAGCAACAUUUUUCAGAAGUUGAAAGCUCACAACGAAAGCGUCGCCGGAACGUUACACUCGAUUCUCUGAUUCAGGACUUUGCGACUGUCACUGACGCUUCGAACGAACGGUACCGAGUGCAUUAUCUGGACGAUGCUCGGGCGGAGAUCGCUGAGAGAGAUCACCAAAGCGAGAAGGAGCGCAAGAAAGACAUGCAGCGAAAGCGCAGACGGGAACAACAAAUGCGUACUGAAGCAGAGCGAAUGCACGAACUCGAGCGCGCUGUGCAGAACGCUGAUGACCCUGCGGAAACUGAGCGCCUGCGAAAGCAAUAUGAGGCAUCUGGUCACAAAUUGCGGAAAGUGGCCGAGGCCAAUAACGGCAUUCCGGAUGAUAUAGACGUUCCUGUCAUGCCCGUCAACUACGAGGGCGGCACCACCGGGCAAUUCCAGAUCGGUACGCCAGAGCCGGAAGAGCCACCUAAGAAGCGUGCUCGGCAGAGUGGUGCUCCUGCUGUUCGUCUCAAGAAGUCCAAAGAGAAGAAGCAGGCUGAGAAGGACGCUGCCGAAGCUGCCUACCUUGCGCAACUCGAGAACGAGUCCCUGCCCGCCUUCGCUCCACUGGACGAGGAGAAGCGAGACUCGUCGCGAAGCAAGCGCGUGAAAGCCGAAUCCGGCCCAGCCCCGGCCAUCAACUAUGAAUCGAAGGGAUAUAAUCAGAUCUACGAGCAGAUCAUCAGAGACAUGGCGAGGAAGGAUGUGCCCAAAGUUCAUCGCAUUAAGCAAACUUCGUUGCAAACUCGACAAGAGAACAUGCGCAAGACGGCGAUCUUGGCCAGCAAGCAGGCUCGCAAGUGGCAAGAACGAACCAACAAGAGCAUGAAAGACACACAAGCUCGAGCAAAGCGCGUCAUGAGAGAGAUGAUGUCCUUUUGGAAGCGAAAUGAGCGAGAGGAGCGCGACCUGCGUCGGAUGGCUGAACGCAAAGAGAUUGAGGACGCGAAGAAGGCUGAGGCAGAUCGCGAAGCCAAUCGCCAGAAGAGGAAGCUCAACUUCUUGAUUUCGCAGACCGAGCUGUACUCGCACUUCAUCGGCAAGAAGGUGAAAACCGAUGAAAUUGAGAAUUCGACGAACGACCCCGAUGUGGCGGCGUCGACCCAGAAAGUGACCGACGGCAAGUCAUCGGCUCACACUGUGGAUUUGCCAGACUCCGUCGCCGAUCUCACAGGAAAGACCAAGGUCACCAACUUCGAAGACUUGGACUUCGACGCUGAAGAUGACACUGCCUUAAGAGAAGCUGCGAUGGCCAACGCGCAGAACGCUGUGCAGGAGGCACAGGAUCGCGCUCGUGCGUUCGACGGCGACGACCAAAUGGCUGCAUUUGACAACAGCGACAUGAAUUUCCAGAACCCCACCAUGGCCGGUGAUGUACAAGUCUCCCAGCCAAAGAUGCUUCAAGCGCAGCUCAAGGAGUAUCAGCUCAAAGGCCUGAAUUGGUUGGUCAACUUGUACGAGCAAGGCAUCAAUGGUAUUCUGGCAGACGAGAUGGGUCUCGGCAAGACUAUACAGUCAAUAUCAGUCAUGGGUUAUCUAGCUGAGCAGCACAACGUCUGGGGACCCUUUCUUGUCAUCGCUCCGGCUUCAACACUCCACAACUGGCAGCAGGAAAUCACUCGCUUUGUGCCACACAUCAAGGUGCUCCCAUAUUGGGGCAAUGCUAAGGAUCGGAAGGUACUGCGCAAAUUCUGGGACCGGAAACACAUCACCUACAACAAGGAUUCAGAAUUUCACGUCCUCGUAACGUCGUACCAGCUGGUGGUGAUGGAUGCUCCUUACUUUCAGAAGAUCAAAUGGCAGUAUAUGAUUCUCGACGAGGCACAAGCUAUCAAGUCCUCAAGCAGUUCUCGAUGGAAAACGCUGCUGGGAUUUCAUUGUCGCAAUCGACUUCUUCUUACGGGAACGCCCAUUCAGAACAACAUGCAGGAGCUCUGGGCGCUCUUGCAUUUCAUCAUGCCUACCUUGUUCGACUCGCAUGAUGAGUUUAGUGACUGGUUCUCAAAGGAUAUUGAAAGCCAUGCGCAGAGCAACACGAAGCUCAACCAGGAUCAGCUGAAGCGACUGCAUAUGAUUCUCAAGCCAUUCAUGCUGCGUCGUGUCAAAGCUCAUGUACAGAAGGAGCUCGGUGACAAGAUUGAGAAGGACAUCUUCUGCGACCUGACCUACCGCCAACGCGCCAUGUACGCCAAUCUACGCAGCAAGAUCAGCAUCAUGGAUCUCAUCGAGAAGGCCACUAUGGGCGAUGAUCAAGAUACCGCGACGUUGAUGAACCUGGUCAUGCAAUUCCGCAAGGUUUGCAACCAUCCAGACCUUUUCGAGCGAGCAGACGUUAGCUCGCCAUACUCGCUGUCAACUUUCGCCGAGACCGCGUCAUUCAUGCGAGAAGGCCAUUUCAUCCAAUUCGCUUACUCAGUACGCAAUCCUGUGCAGCUUGAUCUGCCUCGCAUACUUUGCAACGAUGCCGGUCGCCUGGAUGUUGCUGGGCCCAAGAACGCUCGCGCUGGGUUUCAACGAGCAGGAUUUCGCUCCGACGCUCUCGGCCACAUGCUGCGUAUCUGGACUCCCGAUUAUGUCAAGGAAUCGAGUCAGUCCGACGGUGCCUUCACCUUCCUUCGCUUUGCGGACAUCUCUGCUUCGGAAGCGGCGAAUGCUGCGAACUACGGUAUUUACGAACGUGCGGUUCAGCGGCAACCGCGAUCUUCGCAGCGUAUUGCUGUCUAUGAAGAUGAGGUCGAUGCAGCGGUGCCAGCGCACACAAUGUUCAACAUCGUCGCCAAUGAUUCGCGCAAGACUUUGGCCGAGAUCGAUCCCAACUCGCCCAUCGGCCAUCUCUAUAAUGUCUCGCGACGUGCGAUAGAAGAGGAAGGGUUGCCAGUCAUCGAGCCAGCUGCACGCCUCCGUGUCUCUGCGCCACCAAUUGAAGUCAGUUGCUUCGACCAGGAUUCGUCGAUUGAGAGGGGCUUGACCAUGUUUAAUGUACCGGUGCGCAACGCGCUCUUCCCGUUGGAAGCUCAAGAUGAAGAACGGAUUCUGGACCGCAAUGCGGAUGCCGCCAGUGGACCAGUGGCCUCGCUUCUACCCGCUCCAGCCUCCAACAAGGCUCGUUGGACCAACAUUAGUGUGCCAUCAAUGCGCCGCUUCGUGACGGACUGUGGGAAGCUUGCGAAACUUGACCAACUCCUGCGUGAGCUCAAGGCUGGAGGUCACAGAGUUCUGCUCUACUUCCAGAUGACACGCAUGAUUGACCUGAUGGAAGAGUACUUAACAUAUCGAAACUACAAGUACUGCAGAUUGGAUGGAAGCACAAAGCUCGAAGACAGACGCGACACGGUUCAUGACUUCCAGACUCGUCCGGAGAUCUUCAUCUUCCUGCUCUCUACGAGAGCUGGUGGUUUGGGCAUCAAUCUGACAGCUGCGGAUACUGUCAUCUUCUACGACUCCGACUGGAAUCCGACAAUCGACUCUCAAGCUAUGGAUCGUGCCCAUCGUCUGGGACAGACGAGGCAAGUCACGGUGUACCGUCUCAUCACUCGUGGCACGAUCGAAGAACGCAUCCGCAAGCGUGCCAUGCAGAAGGAAGAAGUUCAGCGCGUCGUGAUCACCGGCGGCGAUGGUGCUGGCGUUGACUUUAAUACUCGAGACAAGCGCGAGAACCGUACGCGGGAUAUUGCAAUGUGGCUUGCUGAUGACGAUCAAGCCGCACUGCUUGAGCAGAAGGCGAAUGAGGCCGAGGAAAAGAUUGACGAAGAUAUGAAGAAAAAGAGUAAGAAAGCACAAGCUGCUGCAGCGCGUGCAAAGAAGAGAGGAGAGAUGAGUCUGGAUGAUAUGUAUCAUGAAGGCGAAGGACAUUUCGAAGACGCAAGCGCAAAGGCUUCUGGUGCAGCAACGCCAGUGAGCACAGCUGAGACGCCGCCAACGAAGAAAGGCCCCCGUGGUGGCACUGGCAAAAGUAAGAAGGCGAAGACAGCGAAACAGCGUCUGGCGAUCAUCGAUGCGGAAGGAGACCUGGGCAUGGGUGGAGGUGCGGAUUAG